AUGCUAGUUGCUACAAACUUGACUAGGCUCCUUGGGAGUCUUCUGAGACCCCUUGGAAAGUUUUUAUCUGGCGACUUUCUGGUACGCCUGGCGUAUACUUUUCUGCUAUGCUUAGUAUUUAUAUUUGUUGUAGCCCUAGGACACAUGUACUGUGCAAUCGGAGUACUCGGACUCAUAACAAUCGCCUACUACGAACUAAAUGCUCUCCACGAUCGGCUCUUUACCUUCGCCCAAAUGUCGGAUGAUGAAGCCCUGGGGAGUGACUUUAAUCCCUCGGCCAGCCCGGAACACAGAAGCACCCGUGCAGUGCUUAGGGAGGCUGUAGAGUUCCGUCUUGACAAUGGAAACCUAGUCAUAGAAAAGGGAAAUUGUGCGAAUUCCUUCUCUAGAGUGUCUACGGUCUACGAGAGCACCCCUAGAAGCGUCACAAAAGAGAUUCCAAACGUACACAUGGACAAUUUUGGAGAUGUCUGCUACAAGAGAGAACACAGUUCAAAUGGCUCUGAAUAUCUACAAGACAAGUAUGAUGAAGUUAGAGAUGGGAAUUUCCACAGAGUAAGUGCUCAGACACACGAAAAGAGUUUUAACGUUUAUGAAAAGGAUGUCCAUGCACCUCACAAGGUGGGCAGGGUAAAAGGGAAGACCAUUUACUUCUUCUCAAAGACGCAUGAUGUGCUAUCCUUCAUAUCUUUGGAGACUUAUUUUUUAAUUGUAACCUUCCUGGGAAUAUGUGUACCGUGGGUAAUACCCAGGAUGAUCGACACAAACCAGUUUAUUCGUAGUUUAUGUAAAUUAUCGCUAAAGUAUCACUACUUGGCCACCUUUAUAUUUGCGCUCAUGGGAAUUAUAAAGUUUAUUCUAUCAAUUGAAAAGGGAAAGUAUAAACAACAUUUCUUGAAGCUCGCAUUUAUUAUCAUAUCUCUUCUUUAUGUAGUCUCCCAACCCCUAAUGAUCAUAUCGAACAUAUAUUUUGGAAUGAUUUGGCUUAUGCUUCCGCAUUGUCUCAUUGUAUUAAACGAUUGUUUUGCUUACCUAUUUGGAAGGAUAUUGGGGAAAAAACCACUCAUUGUAAUAUCUCCAAAUAAAACCGUGGAGGGAUUUCUUUAUUCUUCUUUCUUCACCAUCAUAGUUGCUAUGCUGGUAACCCCUUACAUUUUAAAAAUCAAGCCCCUAUUGUGCAGUGCAAACAAGUUCACAUUCGUCCCAUUCAUGUAUCUACGCACAGGAUGUAGAGUCCCUUAUGCUUAUGGAACUUUCACUUUCCCGACUAUUAGAGGAUACACACUCACUGUGGAUAAAAUGUACAUUCACGUUUUCAUAUUGAGUCUGUUUGCCUCCUUGUUUGCGCCAUUCGGGGGGUUCCUCGCUUCAGGCUUUAAAAGGGCAUUAAAGAUCAAGGACUUUAGCGAUUUCAUACCUGGACAUGGAGGAAUUCUUGAUAGAUUUGACUGUCACAUUCUCAUGGGAUCAUUCACAUAUCUUUAUCUCAAGACAUUUGUUAGAAAGACCUACCCAAACGUUGAAGAUGUUUUCAAAAUGGUAAUAAAACUUCAAAGAUCCGAUCAAGUAGCAGUUUUGGACAAGAUUAAUGAACUUUUAGAAACAUAA